AUGACACCCUGCAAUCCUGAUCCUCGGCAAGAUGAAGUGCCACCUCCAGUUCAGAGCUCAACCACAACGGGGGCUCAAGACUGUUCGACUUGUGUCCGGCGACGUAUUCGAUGCGAUCGGACUCUGCCCCAGUGUGUAAAAUGCUCGAAGAAAGGCCUAGCUUGUCCUGGCUAUGGACCUCGUCUGAGAUGGGCCAAUGGUAUAGCUGUUCGGGGACAUCUCAAAGGCCGUACGACGCCGCAUAUUGAAAAACCGGCGCGAGCCAGGGCCUCUUCCAAGGAAUCGACGUCUCCCAGGUCCAUUAAAUCCCCCGAGAGUGACACCAUUACGCGACAGCCUUCAAUCAUAGAUCCCCUGGAGAAGUUGUUCCCUGGGUUUCCAGAUCCGGCUACUAGAUCCCGACUGCUCGACCACUACGACAAAAACAUUGCCGGAUUGAUGGUGUGGAUCGACUCCGAAAGGAAUGAGUAUCGUCGCCUCGUUCUACCGCUUGCUGAUCGCCAACCAGUGCUCUUGCUGGCCAUUCUCGCCAUCUCCGCUCAACACCUGGCUGUCACCAAAAAGGUCGAGUCAAGCUUUUCAGCUCGAGCCCGUGAUGCCGCUGUCACGAUGAUAUCAACCCAGAUCCGACAGGUUACGGGCCGUCUGGCGGCCGGUUAUGAUUUGGGAAGCGAGAUAGACACGGAAACUGCGGUGUGGAUGCUCGCAUCAAUGCUAACACUCGCCUCGUAUGAGAUGGCGGAAUCAGAAUCGGGUGCCGUCGCAGCUGACUCCCAUCGACAAGCUGCAAGGACAUUGGUGAACGCCCUGGCGACCACAAACCGAGAAAACAGCCUUCUGUUCAAUUUUCUCCGAAACCAGCUCUCCAUUUACGACAUUUUGGCGUGCACAACCUCUUUCGAUCCCAUGAGCACCGCUGAUGUCAUUCUACCCGCACCCGACCAUUCAAACCUCAUCUUUUCGGAGUACUUGGCUCUUCUGCACCGGGUGACGAUACUGUCUCGGCAACGAUAUGACAUGGAGUCAUCUGGAGAUCCCAACUACGCUGAGCUCCCCAUCACUCCCUCCGGUGCUCGGGCUGGUUUUGAAUUAGCCCGAGGUUCAACCCUGAUGGCUGCUGGCUUGCUUGAAUUACCCCGGGACGAAAGAUGUCGUGACUUCAUUCGAAUUGUCGACUUGUAUCAUCACUCUGCUCUUCUCUAUACCUACCGAUGUCUUUUCCCGGGAAAAGUCGAUCCCACAGACGUCCGUGCUUCGACCACGGCGGUAUUUGAGAGGCUUACCCAGCUUGAAGACCGCGCUUCGUGCAUACAGAAUUUACCAUGGCCCGUCUUUGUUGCCGGAACAGAAUGUUGUGGCAAUUCGGAAAGACAGUCCUUCAUAGCACAAACGUAUGAAGACAUUGCUAGGGACAUGGGCUUUAAGCACUAUCUUGAAGUUCUCAAGUUCUUAAAGGAUCUCUGGUCGGGCGAGAACGCCGAUUGGACUGAUCUGGCGCGUCGUUAUGGAUUGAAUGGGAAACAAAUCCUGGCGGUUUGA